AAGGUGAAAAGAGUAGAGAUAAGAAAGCCCAUGAGAAGGUGACAGAGCGGCGCCCCCUGCACACUGUGGUGCUGUCCCUUCCCGAGCGCGUGGAGCCCGACAGACUGCUGAGCGACUACAUCGAGAAGGAGGUGAAGGAACAGCAUGGAUUCAUACACGUCCAAGGAGAUAGAGCGCACGACAAACACGAGAGGCAAGUGUGAAUGUGGCCACAGCCACGCAGCAAACAGUGGGAAAAUGUAACGCCCUUGGAGAGGUAAGAGCAAAUGCUGUGAACUCUGAAGUAACAGGCUCCCUUCUAAAUAAGAAGGUGCCGAUGGGAGCCUUUGGAACGAGAGGUACGUCCAUGUAUGUCUUAAAACUUUCAUGAGAGGGGUUGAACGGAUGUCAGGAAAGGCACCAGAAAGAAUGACCAGAAGGUGAAGAGAGAGGAAAUUAGUGGGAGACGGAAAGAGCAAAAGGAGAUGGUAGGGUUGACCAGGGAGGCUCAGCAGGGGUGGAGGGGGAGAGGCGGCCUCCAGGCGGUAAUUUGGGACCUGUCGCAGAGUCGGCCAGUGUGACCUCUCAGGACAAAGGGGUCCCGCCACGGUGACCAGGCUGACCCUGUUCUGAGGGAGCCACGGGAGGACGUGCUGCCUCACAGCACGGGACACUCCGUGAAGGUGGAGACGCGGCUCCAGAGCCAGGGCUCCACCCAGAAAGGAGCCGGGAGGAUUCCGGGCGCGACAGAAGAGCCCAGGCCCUGGUGAGACUCUGAGGACCAGGCCUGAGCACCUCUGGGAGAGGGGACAGGAUGUUUUCUGUGUUUGGGGAGAGUCAGAUCCGUGCGUGAAGACCAGCGAGGUGCGGGGAAAGGUGGCCCCUAUUAAACCCUGAAAGAUGCAGUGACUUCUGCAGGAUGGAUAAAGGCAGACCUGCAGGGACCUGGGGGCCCCAGGUGAGGCCUCAGGUGAGGCCCCGCCUCUCUUUGUCCUCGUGUAUCCCCAGCGUGGGGUCGAAGAGGCCAGCAACCCAGAAACACAAGCAGGUGCAGACAGACCCCAACGAAAGCCUCUCCAUCUGGACAAAAGACCAGCAAAGGGGUGCCAGCCAAGGCCAAGCGGGGGCCAGCACCUGCCCCAGAGGAGGCCAGACCGGGAGCAGGGACUUCCGCUCCUGAUGAACCCGGGUGGGACUGGGGUGUCCGUGGGGCCCCGGGGGAGCCAGAAUGCCCGCCAUGCCCCACAAGACAGAGGAGACCCCUCGGCGGCGGCUGUGGGACCAGAGCACGCUUUCCGGCGCGUGUGUGGUUGGAGUCCUGGCCCGGAGGGGCUGAGAAACUGUUCCAGGGAGUCCUGUCCAAAUUGUCACUCAUUUGGCCAAAGACAAACUUAGAGAUUUAAGAAGCGGAGCGCACUGCAAGCAGGGCGAAUCCGGAGCAACGUGUCACCAACGUGACACCAACGUGUCACCGUGAAACUUGUCAAGAGCAGAGCCAGAAGGUCUGGAGAACAGUGAGGAGAGCACUUUAUCCACGGGGAGAUCGGGGUGCCGGCAGUGACGGGGCUUUCCAGCAUGCGUGCCUAAGGAGCCCGCAGCGUGUCUAGCGGGCAGCACGGCUGGCUUGGAUCACUCUGCGACGACUAAGGACACUCAAGUUCUUGUCUGGACUCUCCCGGCGGAAGAGGCCUGCCUGCUCUCACUGGAAGAUUCCCUCACUUGUUCAGGGAACGGAUGCCGGUGCUGCACAGUCUCUCCUGGAAAGAGAAGGGGCGAACUUACUCUGAAGGGGUGCCGGGCUGGCUCGGGAUUCCAAGAGGAAUCCAUCACCUGGACCGGCCAGGGUAGAAAUCUCAUGGGAUUCUAUCAGUUGAUGCAGAAGAAACACCCAACACCCAUUCAUGAGGAAAAAGCCAGAAAACCAGGGUGUGUGCAUGAGCCACGGUACACAUCCAAAGUGGGCGCCAAACUUAAAAAUGAAAUACCAUUUACAGUGACUUCAGAAAGACUGAGGUAUAAAUGGAACCAGACGUGUACGGGAUUUGCUGAGAGCGCACAGUAGGGGCGCAGGGAAGCACAGAUCUACAUGUCGGGGACCUCAACCCGGGCAGUGUGUCACGUAUCCCCAGACCCAUGCGCCGCUUAUCAAAAUCCCAGUGAGGUUUUUUGUAGAUCUGAAGAGGACUUUAAAAUGUAUACGGAAAAGCAGAAACAGCAGAGUUGCUGAGACGGUUUUGAAAGAGAAGAGCAAACGAGAGGAGGCAGGCCAACCACUGUCACACGGUAUGGGCACAGACACCCGCACGGAGGUCAGCGGGACGGGGUCGAGAACCUGAAACAGACGUGCACUGACGUGCCCCGCUGGAUUUUGACGAAGGUGCAAACGCAGCGGUAAUGGGAAGGACGGUCUUCUCAGCACGGCGCCGGAGCUGCUGGGCACCCGCAGAGAAAAACAUGGACCUCACCUCACUCUCCACCCCCGUAUGUGCAAAAAAUUCACCUGGGACAGGCUGGAGCUGGCUGAGACGCUGCGGGCAGGACAGUACUUAGGUCAGUUAACGUCCAUACCAGGAUACCUGAAUCCUUCCAGUAGGACCGAAAUCCUGCAUUUCAUAGACAAUGCAAAGAGAGCCCACCAGCUCCCCGGACACUUGACCCAGGAGCACGACGCUGUGAUUAGCCUGUCUGCCUACAAUGUCAAGCUGGCCUGGCGGGAUGGGGAGGACACCAUCCUCAGGGUCCCCAUCCACGACAUCGCUGCCGUGUCCUACGUGCGGGAUGACGCCUCACACCUGGUGGUCCUGAAGACAGCUCAGGACCCUGGCAUCUCCCCCAGCCAGAGUCUGUGUGCAGAAAGUUCCAGAGGCCUCACCGCAGUCUCCCUGUCAGAGAGCGGAGUGGGGCCUGUGGAGGCCUGCUGUCUGGUAGUCCUGGCCACAGAGAGCAAGGUCGCUGCGGAGGAGCUGUGCUCUCUGCUGGGGCAGGUCUUCCAGAUCGUGUACACGGAGUCCACCAUCGACUUUCUGGACAGAGCAAUAUUCGAUGGGGCCUCGACACCCACCCACCACCUGUCCCUUCACAGCGACGACUCUUCCACCAAGGUGGACGUGAAGGAACCGUAUGAGACGGAAACCAGCACUUUUUCCUUCCCCGAGUGUGCGCACGCAGGCGGCGUCUCGCCCUUGUCCUUCUGUAUGCAUCCGGCGCCCCACGCCAAGACGGUCAGUGAGAGCGAGCUGAGCGCCACCGCCACGGAGCUGCUGCAGGACUACAUGCUGACGCUGCGCACCAAGCUGUCCUCCCAGGAGAUCCAGCAGUUUGCCGCGCUGCUCCACGACUACCGCGACGGGGCGUCCGUGCACGAGUUCUGCAUCAACCUGCGGCAGCUGUACGGGGACAGCCGCAAGUUCCUGCUGCUCGGUCUGCGGCCCUUCAUCCCGGAGAAGGACAGCCAGCACUUCGAGAACUUCCUCGAGACCAUCGGGGUGAAGGACGGCCGAGGCAUCAUCACUGACAGCUUUGGCCGGUACCGGCGAGCCCUGAGCUCCACCUCCACCGGCACCGGAAACAGGGCCACGGGCAGCUCCGAUGACCAGUCCGCGCCCUCGGAAGGGGACGAGUGGGACCGCAUGAUUUCGGACAUCAGCAACGACAUCGAGGCUCUGGGCUGCAGCAUGGACCGGGACUCAGCCUGACGGCACCGGGAGGGGCCCGCCGGUGCGCCCUCUACUGUGAAGGACCGGCCCUGGGGCGCCAGUGCCCGUGGCCUGCUCCACGAGGGGUCCUGGGGGGUCCUUUCGGUUUUGCACACGACGCUCCUGUCGAAACUCUCAGAGACCUUCAAAGAAGUUUACUGCGAUGUGAAUAAUUCA